UUUUCACGUAUUUUAGUUUAUAUACGUUUGAUACCUAUUUUGAAAGAGUUUAAAGCUAAUUUAAUGAUUCAUUUUUAUUAUUUCGUCAUUUAGCUUAAUUAUUUGUCUCAUUUUUUUCCGGUUUAUUUGUGCUUUAUCGAUCCAUAAUUCAUAUUUUUGUUACACUUUUUCAAACAAGUCACGUAAAGUAAUAUUAUGUCAUCUAAAAACUUUUUAGACGUCGACGAGUCGAUUAUUGAAAAAAACCUUUUAAUUCAAAGCAACGAGGAACAAGAAUUCGAACAAUUUGUGAGUGGUUUCCUCAAUCCCGAAUCAGGAAAAUUAGUCAAACCAGCUCCAGGACUCUGUAUAAAACUAUUUAAAACUGAUAAGUCAAAAGUGUUCAUAAACCUCUGCCACCAUGCAGACAUUCCACCUCCAGAUGAUAUUACAAAAGAAGAACUUGUCGAAGUUUUCAAUUCUAAGGAUCCUGAAAAAUUCUGUAUCCCGUUAAGUAUUGGUAUAGAACACAUGGAAAUUGAUAAAUCUAAUGCGCGAGUUCCUGUUUAUGAUGUAGCAGUAAAUUCAGAAUUUUUCAAAAAGUGUCAAAAUGAUGAUGUAUUUCAAACAUUCAUUGUUUGUGCUACUAUAGAGGGAGUAGCUGAAAAGUUCAAAAUAGAUAUAAGCGCAGAGAAUCCAAUUAUAUUAAAAAAUAGAAAAUGCAUUGGGUCUUUGCAGCAACAUAGAAUUCAACAACGACCUCCUAGACCAUCAACAUUUAAAAAAAAACCUUUGAUUCAGGAAUUAAAUUCAAAAGCAUCACUUUCUCAGUUAGACAUACAUGUCAAACCUGAGUAUAGGAUUUAUGUGCAACCAGAAAAUAACCCUAAAAAUAUAAUUUUAGAUGUUUGGAUGCCAGACGUGCAUAAUUCACAAGAAAUUGAUUUAAAAUGUGGUGAAGAUUGUCUAAUGUUAACUACAAACAAACAAACAAAAUAUGAGUUGGAUAUUUGUUUACCAUAUACAAUUAAUCAAAAAAAUGUCAAUGUAACAUUUAAUACUAUUACUAAAUUUUUAUCAGUAGUAUCGCCCAUUAUUUCUAGCAAUUGAUUUUCAUAGUAAGUAUUACAAUAAUUUUCAAUUCUGUUGUUUUAUCAAUUUAUGU